AAUUUUGCAGUAAAGUUUGUAAAAAAUCAGAAGAAAGCUGAUCAAAGAAAGAACUAUUAAGGAAUCAGAUUAAGCACGAUUAAACAAACGAAUCUCUUAUAUACCAUAUAUUGGAAACAAUCAAUUUUAACACAUAAAUACAUUUCUCAAAAUGCGUUCGUCGGAUGAAUUAGAAAGUGACCAGCAGAAUAAUGAUAAUACAGAAGACGAAUGUGCCGAUUCUUAUACUCAGAUGGAAAAAUCAAACAGUAACAAGCAUAAAGACGAUGAAACGGAGAACGAAGCUCUCGAUUCUCCUAUACAGACGAGCACCAGCAAUAAAGGGGAGUACAUCCAGAGGAAACGUAAGCUGAGCGAAUCUAGUGCGGAUCUGGAAGAGAAUGUCGAACAAUCCAGAAUUGUAAGCAGUGAACGUAUAUAUCUACGUAAAGUCAAUGAGGGGGAUUUCACUUGUCACAUAUGCACUAGAAGAUUUCAAACAAAUGCUAGGCUGAAGAUACAUCUGCGUCGCCAUAACAAUGAUCGGAUGUACCUUUGUGACAAGUGUGAUAAAACAUUCACAACUAACAAUUAUUUGCAAGCCCACAUGAGAGAGAUGCAUGGGAACAAUAGGUAUCCAUGCGAGAGUUGCAAUAAGACAUUUCGCCGGAAACGGGAUUUGAAUAUCCACAUGUUGACGCACACGGACUACAAGGCAACUUGUCCCGAAUGUAAAAAAACUUUCAAAUAUAGAGCUAAUAUGCUUAAUCAUUACAAGAAUGCACAUUCCAAAAUUAAGUUAUAUCUGCGCCAGAAUUUCGAGGUAGAUAUUGAGGUUUCUAGUUAUGGGUCUUCAAGGAAUUUGCCAGGAUCAGGUCGAGUCGAGCGUACACUUGAACCUUACUCGACGGGAAUAAGCGGUCCGCAAUCAUAUAUGUUUAGUGAUGACAUACAGGAGUCCAUGCGAAAAAAAUAUGAUGAAUCCCACAAGUGUGACAUAUGCGAGAAGUAUUUCAGCAAAAAAUAUAAUUUAAAGAAACACAACCGUACUGUACAUUCCACAGAAAAGCCACAUUCGUGUCAGCAUUGCGGCACGAGCUUUAGACUAAAAAGAGAACUCCAUAAUCACAAAAAAUAUGAACAAUAUUGCACCCAGUAUAAGUGUAACUAUUGCACCGGGAGAUUCACCCUGAAACGAGAUUUGCAACGGCACAAAAAAUACACAAGUUUCAGUGCCACAUUUGUUAUCGGUUAUUUAAGAGAUACCAAAUAUUUUUGAAGCACAUGAAAGUUCACGAAAAGAUAUGCAACCCACCCGAGAGAUGUCUCAACUGUAAUGAGAGUUUUAAUUGCAGCUGGGACACAUGGAGGAAUCACAAAUGUAAAGAAAAUGGAAACUCCGAGGAAAUGCUCUACCAAUGCCAAUGUGACUGUAGCUUCAAGACUAUAGGUAAACUUAACCAUCACGUGAAAAAUAAGUUGGACGUGUGUGGCGAGUGCCAGUAUGAGUGCGAUCAUUGCACCGGGAUAUUCACCCUGAAACGAGAUAUGCAACAGCACAAGAAAAUACACACGGAUGACAAGAAAAAACUGUAAACAAUCCGAAAAAAAUCAACAAAGGUAAAAGUAAAAGUAAGGCUAAAGACGAUGGAAACUCCGAGAAAAUGUCUUACAAGUGUGAAUGCGGCUAUAGCUUCAAGACUCUAAAUCAGCUCGACAAUCACCGUAGCUCAUCUCCCUACGCUGCAUGCGUAUAUCCAGAUAAUACUGAUUCCGAAAAAUUUCGUAUAAUUAAAAUAUUUUUCAAUGUCUAAAACUCAAAAAUUAU